AUGUCCGAGAGCAACUCGAGCACUUUGCCGGCCUCUACCACGAGUACGCCGGCUGCCACGCCCUCACCAUCGAGUGCAGCACAAAGCUCUUCGAGCACGGCCGACUCCUCAACACCGGCUUCAACGCCCGCAUCAUCUGCAACUCCCACAGACACCAGUUCAACGCCAGUUUCCACGCCACCGCCUGAUUCAUCAACGCCCGCCAGCUCUACCCCAGCAUCAACUCCGGCGUCUACUCCAGCCAGCUCAACGACUGAUUCGAGUGCUGCCGCCGCUUCGUCUUCGGUCGCGAGCUCUUCCUCGGCAUCGAUCGCCUCCGCGACGUCGAUUGUCACACAGACCCAGACCUCUUCACAAGUGUUCUCGAGCUCCUUCGUGACCACCGAUUCCUCAGGAUUGGCAACAACAGUCAUCUACACCUCGACCGCCGUCACAGUCGUCACCAGCACAUCUCAAGCUGGCAGCGCAGCCAACCGCUCGGGAGGCUCCUCAUCCAACACCGGCGCGAUCGUCGGUGGUGUCGUAGGCGGCGUCGGCGGUUUACUCGCUAUCGCCCUUAUCGCCUUCUUCCUCUGGCGGUGGAAGCGCAAGCACAACCGCGAUGAAUUCGACGGCAACUUCGAUCCCGACCGUGUCGUGCGCCAUUCAGGUCAUAUUGACCUUGCGCCAGACGAUGCCACGCCCGGUGCGGCUAUCACGCCCUUCCCUGCUCCCGGUCCCGGGCCGCAGAUGGGAUACGCUACGACGGACACCAGCUCAGGCGCGCCAUUCCUCGCUCCGGGCCGCGCUACCCCAGGCGCCUACUCCGGUUACGCGCCUACCACUUCUGGCGGCAGUCACAGUGGGAGCGGCGGACCCGAUGCGUUAUCGGAGAGCAGCCAUUACCCGCCGAGCACGAUCCCGAGCGACAUGCGGAACUACUAUUACGGCGGAACGCCACCUCCCGGCGCGAUGGGCAUGCCCAUGCCUAUGCCCGGCCCGAUGAGCAGUUCCAGCGAAGGUUCAGGCGCUCAUGGCGCCGCGUGGGCACCACCGCGUAAUCUGAAGGAACGCGAGGCGCAAAGGAUGCGCGUGACGAACAACGACUUCAUGCAGCACACGGAUGGUGGGCGUGUACCGGAAGAGACGGAAGACGAGACGAGCCCGCGUGAGAUUCCGCCCAGUUACGACUCGAUCCCUGAUGAUCGUCGUUGA